GUUGCUUGAAAAAUAAAAAAGGGGGAAAAUGAUGACUACUUUAAUAGUUCUUACAAUUUACACACCCUUUUGGCUCAUACCAAUAGGAAUAAAUCCAUUUUAGACGUAACCUUAAAGAAAAUCAAAUCUUUAUCAUGCUUAACAAAAAAAAAAUAUGCUGUAACAGAUAAAAUAACGCGGACAAACACAGAAAAAAGACCACCCACACUAGUUUGUAUGAUGCGUUUUUGCAUAUUUCUCGGCUGUGAUUGUGCAUGGUUAUGCAUCAACAGCUCAAUGCUUUGACACGCUCCUUCUCAGUAGGCGUGCGCUCAGGCUGCGAGGUGCGCUGGAGUGGCCGACAAAGGGAUUAACGGGAGCGAGUGAUGAACAAAAAAAAAAGAGGCAGCAUCACAAGGACCAUGAUUCCUGUAGAGCACUUAUAAAUGGAGCCUUGCGCACGGAUGACUGCUGCACACUUUUGUGUUGGCUUCUGCUCCACGCCGUUUCCCAGAAUGAAGAAAGGUCUCGUGUAAAGGCGGCGGCGCAGCGAGGGACGCGCGGAAGCCGCACAAUGCCACUUCUGAGAGGUGAGGAAUAAUUUUCAGUAUUGCAUCCUCGUCUUCUCCAUCUUCAGUUGCUCUCGUUGUGCCCAGUCCGAAAAGGCUUAUCUCUCUGUGAGCCCUCCUCCGGUGGCUGUCAUCGUUGUGACAUGCUCCUUUUGAAAGCCCUCUGCCAGCUCUCGAAUUGGCUCACUCCGGCUCUCAGCUGUGGAUGAGGCAGGGACACGCUGGUUGGGGAUGGAGAGAUGAGCGAAAAGUCUGCUGUUGAUUUUGUUGUCACUACACUGGUGGCAGUGGAAGUCAGCCCGGGACGCCUGGAUGUAUUCCUGUCAAAGGGAGAUGGGGAUAUUCGUCCAUGGAGAACAGUCCGACUGACCUUGACGGGGAGAGCUUCUCCACCCAAGACCCCUUUGUUUUCUUUUUGUCCAACAAUAGUUCUGAAGCGAGAGCUUUGGUCGGGAAGGAGAACUGGUUUAAAGCCCGUAUCAUUUAGUGGUGCCUAAAGAGGAACCUAAAGAGGAGCUGGUGUAGUGACCGCCGCAGGGAACUGGCACCAUGGCCGACUCGCACUUGCCUGGCUCUGUGGGAAGCUACAACAGCAGUUCUCCCGCCACCGGCGCUUGGAACAUCACUGGCAGCGGCCCGUGGUUGUUGGCCUUCAUGCUGACCGUCAUCAUCCUCAUGACCGUCUGCGGCAACGCGUUGCUGAUCGCCCUGGUGUUCGCCCAUCGCUCUCUGCGCUGCACCUCCAACUGCUUCUUGGUAUCUCUGUUCCUGUCCGACCUCAUGGUGGCAUUGGUGGUCAUGCCGCCCGCCAUGCUCAAUGUGCUGUGCGGCGCCUGGGUGCUGUGGCCGGCCUUUUGCCCAAUUUGGCUCUGCUUCGAUGUCAUGUGCUGCAGCGCGUCCAUCCUCAACCUGUGUGUGAUCAGCCUGGACCGCUACCUCUUCAUCAUCUCACCGCUGCGCUACAAGCAAAGGAUGACCCCCGCCCGGGCGUUACUUCUUGUGGGUGCCGCCUGGGGGCUGGCGGCGUUGGCCUCCUUCCUGCCCAUUGAGAUGAAAUGGCACAGCUUAGGCCUCGGGAGCGGACACUCCUCCGAUCCAGGCAUCGGUGGCGGCAACACCAGCUCCUACUCCGACACACUGCAUCCAGCGUCCUACUUUCAGCUGUCGCCAUCGGGAGGCCUCUCCUUCCAGUGCCGCCUGCGGGUCACCCUGCCCUUCGCUCUCGUGGCAUCUGUGGUCACUUUCUUUCUGCCCUCCAGCGCCAUUUGCUUCACCUACUGCCGGAUCCUCCUGGCCGCGCGCAGGCAGGCAAAGAGGGUCGCGGCGCUGAGCCACCCGCCGCACCCGCAUCCCUCUCUCGGGGAACCGUCCCGGCCGCCCUCGCCUGGGAUCGCAGCGGCGCACGCACGGCAGGACGGAGACGGCGGCAGGUACCAGGAACCUCCGGUGUCACAAAACGUACCGCCGUCGGUGAACAGUGAGCGGCGCCUGGCUCACAGACACGGUCGGAGGGCGCUGAAGGCCAGUCUGACGCUGGGGGUGCUGCUGGGCCUCUUCUUCAGUGCUUGGCUUCCCUUCUUCAUCACCAACAUGGCUCAGGCGGUGUGCGAGUGCGUCCCCCUCGCCCUCUUUGACGCCAUCACCUGGCUGGGCUACUGCAACAGCACGAUGAACCCCAUCAUCUACCCGCUGUUCAUGAGAGACUUCAAGCGAGCUCUGGGGAAGCUCUUGCCCUGCUGCUCCUCGCCGUUGCCCAGAAGACCCUCGCCGGCGCUCUCCCUCUCUCUGCGCAACUCGGGAGAGCUGAACAUCGCCAGCAGCCCGCCCUCUCCCCUGGCCUCCGACCCCACCCACCCCCCCGCCACGGCCACGGACGCCGUCAACCUGUUUGAUGCCGAGCACGCUGGCAUUGAGCUGCCGCUGCUGCUGCCCAAUCAGGUCGACACCCUGGAUUGA